AUGUACCUUGUUACCGGCACAUCAUCGGGAAUUGGGCUUGAAAUUGCCAAAUACUUGGUUUCACAGGGCGCCAUGGUCGUGGGUGUUUCACGGCGCCAGAGCCCGCUCGAGCACGAGCGCUUCCGGUCGCUGAGUGGCGAUGUCUCCGACCCCAAGCUGCGCAACCAGAUCGUCAGUGCGUUGGGCGGCCAAUUGGACGGUGUGGUUUUCAAUGCCGGCGUGCUGGAGGCUGUGACGACUCUGGCUGCUGCUGACGCCGACGCGUGGCGACAGGUGUUCGACAUCAACCUGUUUUCCAUCGUGGGCAUGCUGCCUGAUCUGAUUCCUCUACUGCGCAAGUCGCACGGUAGAGCCAUUUUUGUGUCCUCGGGUGCUUCAACCUCUGCGUACCAGGCCUGGGGCGCCUACGGUGCUUCGAAGGCUGCUCUCAACCAUCUCAGCAUGACGCUGGCCAAGGAGGAGCCGGACAUUAUCUCGGUUGCCGUAGCGCCCGGAGUGGUGGGAACGGAAAUGCAAAAGAGAAUCCGCGAGACCUACGCUGCGUCCGAUCAUAUGAAGAAAGAGGAGGCCGAGAAAUUCCACUCUCUGCACCAAAACAAGCAGCUCGUCAACCCCGAGGACUCGGGACGGCUUUACGGCAACCUGGUUAUGAAGGCAUCCGCGGAUCUCUCCGGCAAGUACCUACGCUACUAUAGCGACGAGCUCCUUAAACCUUACAAUUAA